AUGCAGAUGAAGGGUUACCCUGACCGCAUUCAAGCGUGCACUACUACUCAUUUCGACGGUGUUGUCGCGAUCAUCGAACCCGAGACUAGCUGGGUCGCCCGCUGGCAGCGUGUUUCAAAAUAUGCGCGUGGUAUGUAUGCUGCCCGGGUGAAGGGUCGCAUUCCUGACGACGUCGAAGCGGAGCUCGAGAGCCGCGGUAUCAAGUAUCGACCUCGAGACCAGACGGACCUGGACUAG